GUCGAUCCGGGAGCAGGCAGUUCGCAGCGCGGUGCCGGGAGGGACGGAGGCCGGCUGGGAGGCGGGCAUGGCCGGGGUCGCGCCGGAGAGGAGCACGCUGCUCCACCUGGUCGCCGGGGGAUGCGGAGGAACCGUGGGGGCCAUCUUCACCUGCCCUUUGGAAGUAAUCAAGACAAGGCUUCAGUCCUCAAGAUUGGCCUUCCGGGCCAUCUAUUACCCUCAGGUGCAUCUGGGGACACUCAGCGGUGAUGGCAUGGUCCGUCCAGCAUCUCUGCCCCCCAGUCUCAUCCAGGUGCUCAAGUCCAUUUUGGAAAAGGAGGGACCAAAAUCCCUUUUCCGCGGGCUGGGGCCCAAUCUGGUUGGAGUGGCACCGUCCAGGGCUGUUUAUUUUGCGUGUUAUUCCGGAGCAAAGGAGCAGUUCAGCCACAUCUUUGCGCCCAACAGCAGCAUCGUCCACAUCUGCUCAGCGGCUUCUGCUGCUUUUGUGACUAAUUCCCUGAUGAACCCCAUCUGGAUGGUGAAAACCAGAAUGCAGCUAGAAAGAAGAGUCCAUGGCUCAAAGCAGAUGAACACGUUGCAAUGCGCCAGAUAUGUUUAUCGCUCCGAAGGCGUCCGGGGGUUUUACCGGGGCCUCACCGCCUCCUACGCUGGGAUCUCCGAGACCAUCAUCUGCUUCGCUAUUUACGAAAGACUGAAGCAACACUUGAAGGAUCCAAGCUGGUCUCCUUUCACCGGAAGCCCGGAGAUGAAUUCCACAAAUUUCUUUGGAAUAAUGGCCGCUGCCGCCAUUUCCAAGGGAUGCGCGUCUUGUAUUGCUUACCCCCACGAAGUCAUCCGGACGAGGCUACGUGAGGAAGGCACAAAAUACCGGACCUUCAUGCAGACGGCCCGGCUGGUUUUCCAAGAAGAGGGAUACUUCGCUUUUUAUCGUGGACUUUUUGCGCAGCUCAUGAGGCAGAUUCCCAACACGGCCAUCGUUCUAUCCACCUAUGAGCUGAUUGUGUAUCUGCUAGAAGAUCAAAUUAAGUAGCCGUCCAGAACCAGACUGUAUACGCCAGAGGACAAAACCACCGCCGAUUGUGGGACACUUCACAACGGACUAGGGGAAAAAAAACUUUGAAAGUGACGGACCACUUGCUGGAUGUGGAUUUCCUUUCGGGGAGGUGGCACUUUUUCCUCCCCUCCCCCCCCUUUCUGUGCAAUUUUCCUCCCAGAGUUGUUUUUAAAGGUACGUAUGUUAAUAGUUUUUUUUUUUUUUAACUUAAAGAGAGAAGGUUCAGAAAU